AUGCUCACAGAUGAAGAAUACAAAAGGCUAUUAGAGAUGCUACGCAACCAGGAGAGGUUGAGGACUGCUAGAGAAUACAAACCUAGCCAGACCUCCGGAGCUGGACCAUCAGGAGCCUGUUGUACCCUGCCAGUAACACUGGAAGAGGUUGAGGACAAGGGCAAGCGCGUCCAUAUAGUUGUAUCCUCAGAUGAAGAGUGUGAAAAACGUGUCAAGUCCCAAUCACUGCAGGAGAGUCAACUGGCAGACUGUAUACCUGAGGGAUUCAGUAGCAGUGGAUACGCGCAAGCCAUGUACAGGACAGGGGCCUGGGAUCAAUUGUUGGCGGAAGUUUGUUGCUUGAGAAGGGUUGAACACAUAGCGGCCAUAGAUAAACCCCAAAGUGACCUGUAUAGACCAACCUAUGGUUUGGAAUUGCGCUCAGAGCAAAGUGAACCAAGGAUUGCCAGUCAGAGAGAUGGAGAUAGCUGUAAUAGUCAAAACUAUGACCCUAGCAAAAGCGGAAGUCACAGCUGUAGGGAUGAAAGACCCAACCCGGCAGGAACACCCAGUGACCCUGAUGAUGACCAAAGUGAAUCCAGCUCAAGUAGUAGUUUGGACAGCAAGAGCAGCAAUGAUGAAGACAAACCUUGGGGAAACCCAAACCGUCAAAUAAUGAAAUUGCUAGCCAACCUGAAGAAGGAGAACAAAAAGCUCAAGCAAAAGAUGAAAGACCAAGCCAGGUCAGGAUACAAGGCCCAGACACCAAAGACCUACAAGGGUGAAGAACCCAACAUCAAAGCCUAUGAGCAACUCCUAUUCAAAUACAACACCUGGAUUUGCAAGGCCAGACUAUCAAGGGAUGAAUCCGUAAAAGGAAUAUGCCAAUUCCUAGACAGAAAGUGUCAUAAACAGAGGAAAAUAGAACUAGCUGGAAUUGAACCAGCUUGA